UUUCUGACCAAGAGGUUCAUUAGUGAAUAUGAUCCAAACCUGGAGGACACCUACACCUCGGAGGAGCUGGUGGACCAGCAGCCCGUGGUGCUGAAGGUGAUGGACACGGCUGACGAGGACGGCCCCGGGAAUUGCGAGCGCUACCUGUGCUGGGCCAGCGCCUUCCUGGUGGUGUACAGCAUCGAUGACAGGAGGAGUUUCGAGGGCUGCCAGCGCUACCUGGAGGUCCUGGCCCUGCACGCAAGGGGCUGCCAGAGCCAGUGUCCUGUGCUCCUGCUGGGCAACAAGCUGGACAUGGAGCAGUACAG